GGGGCUGGGACUGGAGGAGGGGAGAAGGCCACCCACCUGCUUCUUCUCUCCUUCCCCCAACCCAUCACUAACCCCACCUCCCACCGCAGCCUCCGCGUCUGCGUCUGCGCCGCUGUCAGUUGCUGCUGCGCCAGCUCUGCAGUGCCUGGACAGGGCCUGGUUGGGGAGGUCCCCAGGUUCCAAACCCUGUGCCUUGGGAACCCGACGAGACCCGAGAACAGAAGGACAAGUCCACCUUGGAAGCAUCGCCUCCUGGAGACAUGAAGAGCCUCAGACCUGAGCAGCUGCGGGGGCUGCUGGAGCCCGAGAGGACCAAGACGCUGCUGCCUCGGGAGAGCAGGGCCUGGGAGAAGCGUGCCACCUUCCUCAAAGACUGGGUGGCAGUGAAGGUUGGGGCAUCCGUCUGUGACAGCGACCAGAAAGACCUGUCUUCUCAAGAGACCAGGCGCCCCCAAGAAUGGAACUCUGUGGAAGAAGAUGAGUCAGAGGAAUCCAAGGGCACCAUGGAGUGGCCGAGAUCCCCACAGCAAACCACCUUGCUCCUGAUCGUCUGCGUGCUCUUUCUGUUCCUGGUGUUGACAGGGAUGCCCAUGGCGUUCUACAUUUAAGUCCUUCAGAGAGGAUGCCUGGCGUCUUGAGAAGGAGGCAUCCUGGUGAAAUAUGGGGAGUGGGUAUUGAAUCCCAUCAAAUGCCUUUCACACACCCAUCCACACAGUUUUAUUUUUUGUAUUUAAUCAUUUGGUGUGAGGUUUUGCAUUACUGCAUUUCAUUGAACUUAAGACAUCAGUGACUGUAAAAUGCGUAAUUUUAUACACCAUGGGGAAAGAAAGAAGUGCUAUUUAAGGGUAAGAUGCCAUCAAGUGGGAGACACAGCGUGACUUCAGAGAAGGUAAAAAAUGUAGCAUGAGAAAUAUCAAUCCCUUGACAUUUAGAGAGAAUUCACCAGUCAAUGUGUCAGGUCCUAGAGCUGUUGAGGGGAGGAUCCAGCUAAUCCUUGGAUGGCUUUCUCAGUUUCUCCCUGUGUCAUCUGCAUAUUAAUCCUUUUAGAUUUACUGCUUUUGACAGUUUAGUCUUCUUUUAUCCCCUGGGAGUCUUCAUUCCAUUCAGUGUUUCAGAUUAUCAGCUCAAUUAUUAAUAUUAUUUUAUAACUAAACAAAAUUUUAUCUUUCUUUGGUUCUAUCCCCUUUCUUCCUUUCAAUAUCUGUUUGCAGUUUACCCAUCAUUAUUAGAUGUGCCCAAAGGUUUUCAAGUUCAUUUUUAUUUUUCUGAAAAACCAGUAUUAGGAUGUAUGUGUGUCCAUUAUUUCUGUACCUUUUGUUUUCCUUUAAUAUGUAUCGGGUCUAUCCUUUAUUUCUGUUCCUUGUCUCUGUUUUUGAGUAAAUUCAUUUGUGUUCUCUUUUGACGACAUUACUUGCUGUGAUCCUAUACUUAGUCAUACAAAUGUACUUUAACUGUAGCCCUGGCCGUCUUAAAGUUUGACCAUUCAUGUUGCCUAAGUAUUAGAUUGUAGCGUUUCUAAAGAGUACUUUGAGACUCGGUAAUUGGGUUUAUUUAAAAUUAGUUUUGUUUUCUUGAUUUACUGCAUCAUGAACGGAGAAUGUGGCCUAUAAUAGAUCUAUCUGCUUUCCAAACAUUUAGAAAAAGCUUUUAUUGUGGCCUAGAACAUGUCUAACAUUUUUGCGUGUUUCAUGGACAUUUAAGAGGAAAAUUCUGUCUAUAGAAUUCAAAACUCUACAUGUCUGUUAAUAAACUCAGUCUUAUCAAUCAUGUUGUUCAGGGUCAGGUGUUACAUAAUUCUGGCCUAUCUGUCAGAAACCAGUAAGGUUAUGUGAGCCCUGGCCCACGUGGUUCAGUUGGUUGGUGCAUCAUCCCAUAUACCAAAAGGUGGCAGGUUCGAUUCCCGGUCAGGGCACAUAACUAGGUUGCGGGUUUGAUCCCGGUCACUGCAUGUAUGGGAGGCAACCAAUUGAUGUUUCUCUCUCCCUAAAAUUAAUAAAUGUAUUUUUUAAAAAAAAUUUUAAAAGGUGAUGUGAAAAUCUGUUAGUACAAUUAUGUUUGUCAAUAUAUUUUUAUAAUCUUUGCUUUACGUAUUCAUAAACUGUGUAAUUUGAUGCAUAUAAGUAUCGCAUUGUCAUGCCUUUGCCAAAUAAAUGAUAUAUGUAUACACCAUGCACAGUGCCUGGCAUUUAGUAGGAACUCAAUAAAUGUUAGUGAAAACC